CCCUCUGCUGGUGCGUCAGGGUAACUACGCGCUUCCGCCGUUAGUGACGCAGCUUCCGGUUGUGCAGCAGCCAUUUUGUCGCCUGUCCGCUGAGUCGCGGCUCUGCAGUUCCACCUGAAGGUAAACACGACCCGGUACCGCCCCGGUACCGCCCGGUACCCCGAGACCCACCGUAAUAUACACCCGGGGUUAACAGCCGGUCCGCUGGUCCCGGUCCUCGGCAUGUCGUGCUCGGAGAGCUACCGGGCCAUCCUGCGCUACCUGACGGAUGAGCGCGAGCCCUACGCGCCCGGCACCGCGGGGAACACCAAGAGGAAGAUCCGGAAGGCGGCGACCUGCUACGUGGUCCGGGACGGGACCCUGUUCUACCAGAGGCGGCUGAAGAACCAGAACCACUUCACCGAGCUGGAGGUGGUUCUGCUGGACCACAGGAGGCGGGAACUCAUCCAGCAGAACCACCUCAGCCCCGAGGAGGACGGAGAACACCGGAACCAGCAGAACACCUGGGAGUCCAUCAGCAGCAAGUACUGGUGGAGAGGUAUCCUGAAGAACGUCAAAGACCACAUCAGAGAGUGCGCUCACUGUCAGAGCAGGCGCAGCGCUGACGACGGCUCCGGAUCUCGACUCUUCUCCCGGCCGGGGAGACGCAGGGCGGCCGCCAACGCCAACGAUGAGGAGGACGAGGAGGAGGAGGAAGAAGAGGGAGACGACGGUUUAGGCUUCACCGACUCGUCCUGUCAGCUGAGAUCCAAGUUGGCGAAGACGAUGGCCAAACACGAGCUGGUCUUUGUGGACAGUAAAGGGGAAGUGAACCAGUUCCUGCCCAAACACAGCCAGACCAUGUUGGACAAACUGAACCAGCAGCGUCUCAGCAACCAGUUCUGUGACAUCACGCUGCUGAUCGAAGGCGAGGAGCACCGAGCGCACAAAGCGGUGCUGGCGGCGUGCAGCGAAUACUUCAACGAGCUCUUCUUCGAGAAGGGGGCGGCGUCCACGCACGAAGCCGUGGUGGACCUCUCCGGUUUCACCAAAGUCAGCUUCCUCCCGCUGCUGGACUUCGCGUACACGUCCACGCUCACGUUUAACUUCUGCGUCAUGGCCGACAUCGCCAACCUAGCUCGCCAUCUGCUGAUGACGGAGGUGCUGCAGAUCUGUGAGUCUGUUCAUAAGCAGGUGGAGGAGCAGAAGCUGACGGUGUAUCAGAGAGGAGACGUGCACACGGUGGUGUCGAGCCAACCGGCCGCCGAGGACGGCUUGAAGGACGAAUCCGCCUCCUUCAUGGUCACCAUAGAGAGCGACGGCAGGACGGUGGUCACCCAGCAGGGCGGCGAUGUAACGGACGAGCCCUUAGCUUUUGUUGCACCUUCUGAAGACGCCUACAUCCAGCAGCCGGCGGCGGGCGUCGCUGAAGCUGGAGACGGAGACAAAGAGCAUCAUGGGGAGGCUGGACCGGAGGAGACGGUGACUCUGAUCACUCACGGAGGACCGGCUGAGCCGGGAGACACCGUCACUCUUAUCUCACGCGGCGCAGAAGGAGCGGAGGCGGAGACGAUGACUGUGGUCACCCACAGUGGACAGGCCGGCGCCAGCGAGUCCCUCGCCGUGGUGUCCGCCUGCCUGGCGAUGGAGCAGCCGCAGGUCGCUGAAGCAGGAGCCUUCGUAAUAAAUGUGGACCCAGACAAAGUGAGUCCCUCGGAGGUCAUCAAGCUGGCCUCCGAGGCGGCGGCGGCAGCGGCGGCGGCAGCGGCGGCGGCGGCGGCGGCGGCGGCGGCGCCUCAGGAGAAGCUAGAAGAAGCACCGAUGCCCCAGAAGCGUAAACGGGGGCGUCCCGCCAAGGUGAAGAAGGACGUGGAGGUGGAGGAGUACGUUCCUCUGGAGGAGGAGGAGCCCUCUGCUGAUGAAAGCCACGGAGACAAGCAGGACAUGUCAGAUGAGCCCAACAAGAGACGACUCCGGUCGCGCUCUAUCGCCGAGGGCGGUUACGCUCGUUUACACAUGGGGCUGGAGGAGGAAGAGGAGGGGAAGAAAGGGUCAACGCCGCCGCGUACCGCCACCCCGAAGUUGGCUCCGAGGCCGGGGAAGAGGGGACGACCGCCGAAGCAGCCGGCGGAGACCGAAGGCGAAGGACAGUCUGAGUCGGGGUUAGAUCCAGAUGCCGGCGCCGUGGACAGCGUGACGACCGGAGAGCUCAGCACGGACGAGCCCGGGGCGAAGGCGGCAGAGCCAGAGACCGGAGCCGAGCCGGAGAUCGGAGUCGAGCCGGACCAGACGCCAGCAGAGGGCGCCGGCGAUGGAGAGCACACGUGCUCCGAGUGCGGCAUGUCCUACCAGAGACGCUACUCUCUCAUCAUGCACACGUUAAAACACGAGAAGGCUCGCGGCUACAAGUGCAGCCUGUGCAGUAAGGAGUUCCAGUACGCCGCCUCGCUCCGCGCCCACCUGGCCCGACACAAGCAGCAGAGCAGCCAGCGGGCGCCCAUCACCGCCAAACCCUCAGCGGCACACGGCGCCGAGGGCAAGGCGGACGGCGACCUGGACGAGAAGACGUCGGCGCAGCACACCAAACGAGAGUUUGUGUGCGACAUCUGCGGGAAGACGUUACCGAAGCUCUACUCUCUGAGGAUCCACAUGCUGCAUCACACCGGCGUGCGGCCGCACUCCUGCAAGGUCUGCGGCAAGACGUUCGCCCACAAGCACAGCCUGAAGAUGCACCGAGCGCUGCACGACGUCACCAAACAGUUCCAGUGUCAGUACUGUAAGAAGUCCUUCGUCAGCAAGCGGAGCAUGGAGGAGCACACCAGCAUCCACACAGGUGAAUCAAAGUACCUGUGCAACACGUGCGGAGCGACUUUCCAUCGAGCCUCGGCUCUCAGCAAACACCUGAAGAAGCACCUGCCCCGACCCAACGUGCGUCCGUUCGGUUGCGCUCACUGUGAUAAAAGGUUCUACGAAGCCAAAGAUCUGCAGCAGCACAUGAACAAGCACAUGGGCCUGAAGCCGUUCCAGUGCCAGGUGUGUGGGAAGUGCUACAGCUGGAAGAAGGACUGGUACUCCCACGUCAAGUCCCACAGCGUGGCCGAGCCCUUCAAGUGUAACGUGUGCGGGAAGGAGUUCUUUGAGAAGGCGCUGUUCAGGAGGCACGUGAAGAAAGCCACGCACGGGAAGAAAGGCCGGGUGAAGCAGAACCUGGAGAGGGAGUGUGAGCAGUGUGGCAGGAAGUUCACUCAGCUCCGAGAGUACCGGCGCCACGUCAACAACCACCAGGGAGUGAAGCCAUUCGAGUGUCUGACUUGCGGCGUCGCCUGGGCCGACGCCCGUUCCCUCAAACGCCACGUCCGCACGCACACGGGAGAGCGCCCGUACGUGUGCCCCAUGUGCCAGGAGGCCCACAUCGACGCGCGCACGCUCCGCAAACACAUGGCCAAGUAUCACGGGGACAACCUGCCGGGGAAGAUCAUGCUGGAGAAAGACACCCUCCAGUUCCACAACCAGGGCACGCAGGUGGAGCACGCCGUCAGCAUCCUGGCGUCCGAGCUGCCUCCCGAGCUGCGGCCGUCCGCGCAGCAGCAGCCGGCGCCGGAGGAGAUCGAGACGGUGCUGAUCACGGAGGAGACGGUGGAGGCCGUGGAGGCGGUGCAGGCCGUCCAGGCAGCGUGCGACGGCUCGGUGACGACGACCACGACGCUCUCGGAUCAGGGCAUCAUGCAGGUGGUGAACUACGUCCUGGCGCAGCAGGCGCUCACGGACCCCAAGAUGGAGGACGCGCCCGACGUGAUCCAGACCAUGGAGGUGGAGGUGGCCCACGUUGCCGAGGUGGAGUGACGGACUGAAGGAACUGGACCAGGACUGUAAAGAGACUAUUUUUGUGUGAUUGUAAAUAAGUGAACAUGAACUGGUCACAUGUCUGUUCUCUGUAUAUAGAAGAGCCCAGGAGGGACGAAGACGUCCACCUCCGGGACGCAAUAAAGGUUGAAAUGAAGACGA